UGAGAAUGUGACGUAUUUGGACAUGGGCGUGGUUUGUGACGCCACAAUUGGAUGUGGGCCAACCGGGUUGGACGUCCACACAGCUCUUGCAGGCAGACGCUCCUCACGCCAGUGACCAUGGCAGACGCAGAGGACCCGGGUCCAGGCGCGGCCACUGAGCCGGACACCCCGCGCACAACCCGGCCACACUGCGUCUCGUUUAGCGAGACCGUUCAGCCAGCAGUCGGGAUGGUGAGCCAACUACUGAGCCAGCAGUCGUCCUUAAAGUUCGACAAAAACAUCAAACAGGCCUUCUACAACACGGGAGCGAUGAUCUUCGUGGCGAUCUGUUGCGGAGCAUCCGUGUUGGUCUACUUCAUCCUGGAGGCUUUUCUACGGCCGCUGCUUUGGGCAGUGCUGUGCGGCACUUUCCUGCACCCCUUCAAAUACUCGCUCGCCCGCCUCGGCCGCUCCUGGCUCAGCAGCCUGCAGGACAGCGGGACGCCGAUAGUGGUUGGGACUCUGUUGGUGCCGGUGUGGUGCGUGAACUACGGGGUGGAGACUCUGGGCGGACUGGUCGUAGAUCGGCUCAAUGUACUGCUGGCAGUUGGGGCCGGUGUACCCCUGCUUUAUUUCUUAUAUCUGUUCUGGAGCGUCGUUGGCAUGCAGGUGGUCUUCAGUCACGUCUGUACUGUCAUCUGUCUCAUCCUGGAUUGUUUCAGUGCGGCGUGGGUUGGCACUUUAGUUGUGGGCUAUGUGUUGGCUGUGGUGUUUAAGUGGACACCUGGCAUGGAAGGUUACUUGCGUGCAAUGUCUGUGCCUGUAUGGACAGCACUUAUUUUCUACCUGGUUUCUCUGACAGGGUCUUGGCGUGUGCCUGUGUUUGUGGUGGUGGUGUUUCUGCUUAUAGUGGGAUCUCAGGAGAAGCCUGCUGUAGCAGAGAAAGGUGAGCUCUCUGGUCAGGUGCUGUCCUUUGCUGCUAAUACAAUCUUCAUGGCUAUCUCCUGCAGUAACUUUAGCCAUGCUGGAAAGAUACAGGAUGAGAAGAGCACCAAAGAACAAUGCAAAGACUCGGUGGACAACCCAAAGGGACUCUUUAGCAUCCCCUCAUCCCGGCGGCGUAGCAGACUAGAGUUCAGGGGUAUCCAGCCCAAAGAGAAGGCCAGUGAUAUUUACUUUGUGCUGCUCGCGUGGGCUAUAGUGCUGGUGCAGAUCUGGCUCAACCUCUGGAUCUUACAGUUACUCCCCAUCCCUGUUGGCGUUUGGGUCCUGAAGAAGAUGGUUGUCCAUUUUGGGAUGAUGAACUUCAUUGGGCGGACUCUAGUGAAAUGGUGGACCGCUUCCGAGAAGUUUGUGAAAGACAGACAGGAUGCUCUGAUGCCUGGACCGAUCAAAGGCCUAGCUCAGUUCUUGCUUCGGGUCGACACUAAGCUCUGGCACUGGCUUAACAAGCAGAUGAUAGUGUGGCUGGAGCGCUCUUUGGAUAAGCUGAUCAGUAUUUUCAUUAUCUUCCUGCUGGUAACUGGCACGCUGCUCAUGGCUUUGCUGCUCACAGCUAUGAUGCACCAAGAGAGUGUUCAUAUCAUUGAGGUCACCAGUAACCUGAUCAACGAGACCGUGUCCAACCACCCAGAAUGGGCCAAUUGGCUCCCAGAGGCCCAAGUUAUCCAGAAAGCUGUAAACUCUGCUGCCACGAAUGUUUACCAACAUGGGAGAGAAUGGAUCACACACAAGCUUCAAAAGAUGUUGGGUGAUAAAGUGAACAACACGGCUGAGAUCGAGAAACAGGUUUUGGAACUGUGGGACCGUCUCUAUCAGUCCUGGAUUGUCAAGAACGUGACUCACACUGGACGACACCGUGGACACAAGUUACAUCUGCACAGGCAGAACAGCUGGCUCGGGGACAUACUGGACUGGCAGGACAUUGCCUCAUUUGUGCAGGAGAAUAUCGAGACGCUGCUUUCGAUAUUGGAGUCUCUGUGGGUUGUGAUGAGUCGAAAUGUGGGCUUGCUGAUAUCCACAACAACCACGCUGCUCACCGUACUGUUCCACAGUGGCACCGCACUGCUCAACUUUGCCCUGUCUCUGGUGAUUUUCCUAACCACGCUGUUUUACCUGCUGAGCUCCAGCGGUGAAUAUUAUAAACCUGUGAAAUGGGUUAUCAGCCUCACACCCCUCUCCCAACCCGGACCCUCUUCAAACAUUAUCGGACAGUCUGUGGAAGAGGCCAUCAGGGGUGUGUUUGAUGCUUCUCUGAAGAUGGCUGGAUUCUAUGGCCUUUAUACUUGGCUAACACACACAAUAUUUGGCAUCAACAUUGUCUUCAUCCCCUCAGCAAUGGCAGCUAUCUUAGGUGCAGUGCCCUUUUUGGGGACGUACUGGGCGGCACUGCCAGCGGUGCUGGAUUUGUGGUUGGCACAGGGAGAGGGAGUCAAAGCUCUGCUGCUGCUCUUCUGCCAUCUGCUGCCAACAUACUUCGUUGACACGGCAAUUUACUCUGAUAUAUCAGGAGGUGGACACCCAUAUUUAACCGGCCUCGCAGUAGCAGGUGGCGCAUACUAUUUAGGUUUGGAGGGUGCCAUAAUUGGGCCGAUCCUGCUGUGCAUCCUGGUGGUGGCGUCCAACAUCUACAGCGCCAUGCUAAUGAGCCCUAGCAGCUGUCAGCCAACGCCAGUGCAGAGCCACUUCCCUGCACAUCAUGACAGGUCAUUAGCAGAAACCCCAAUGCAGCAGAAGAAAAGCGAUGAAUGAAUGAGAUGUUUGAGCCACCUGUUACACUUCCUUCUCUGGUGUAUCCCACGGACUAUAAAAGAGGGCAGUCUUUCAGUAUCUUCACCCUUAGAGAUCUCACAGCACCAGAAUCACUGCAUUCCCUGCAAAUGUGGCUCUCAUAGCACACAGAAUAAUGAUGCCCCUUGAUGUUGACCUCUGUGCUAGCAGUUUAUUUAGCACUUAGCACUGUGAUGCUAAAUCUGGGUAAUGCUGGAAUAACAGGUUCAAAAAAGCAAUGAUGCUUGCACACUCCAGUGCAACGUCUAGUAGUUAGCACGCCUGUGCAUUGUCUAGCACUGUACUGGUGAGUUAUGCAAGUGCCGCAAUGUCUACAUUGUGCUUUACUGUAACAUUUCACCAGGGUCCCACUCAACAGACCACGUUUUUAGCCUAUAGAUCACUGAUGCUUUUUUUUUUUUUUUGCUUUAUCUGGUAGUACUGAUUAUUUAUCCCAUAUUGUGGAUGUGUUUGGCACUGUUGUCAUGUAAAUGGUUAAGUUUGUGUAAUUGAAUUUACUCUUCAAACACCUGUUUAAAAGUGUUAUAUCUUUCUGUUUUCAUACAUAUACAGUCUGUGUUUCUGGAGAUUUACAUUCCUGCGGAGGUUAGUCCUAACAGGAUGAUCUGCAGGAGUAGGAUUGAGCAACGCUGAGCUAAACAAAUGAUCUUAUUCAGGCAGAGGAGUGUUAAUGAACAAAUUCUAUCAUGAUUAUAACAAUGUGAAACUACCUUAAACUAGUCUGAGCGUCUGGAUCACACAGUUAUAUAUUUGUUCAUAUUCAUAUUACCUCAAGCUUCUUAAUGAAGUACAUUGAAACAAAGCACAUUGCAAUAUUUCUGUACUACUAUUUCUUACAUUCUCAUUUCUUUAUCUGUUUGGAUUUUAUUUAACUUCUAUCGCAGAGCUGCCUGCUUAGGAAGGAUGUUAAAAUACCAGUUUUUUUUUUUAUUAAUGUAAAUGGUUAUUUCUUUUUGUGCAUACAGUACUAUUGUUCAGUGCUCAAACAUGAUAAAUUAUCAUCAUUUAACCAGUUAGAAGAGAUAAACAGUACUUUAGGUAGAGCUAAAGGCAGAAAUUAUAUCAGCCUGUUUAUAGAAGAGCCUUAUGUCAAGCUUGAAAGCAUUACACUGAAGUGAUAAAGUACUCGCUCUGCUGUUAUUACAAUUUUUCCUCCCGCUUUAUUUUGGCUUGGUUCACAUUGUUCACAUGUUCUGUUAAAAACAUAAUGUGAGAAGUGGAUGCACUUUUUUCGGUUCAUGCCAAAUAGGAGAAAUAAGAUUAAAAGUUAAUUGCUGCAAUGGCUAUUGUAUAAGAAGGGGGGGGGGUGGUGCAUGGUUUUAUUUUAUUUAUUUAAAUGUGAAAUAAAUAAAAAAGACUGUUUUGUUCAUACACAGCACUAUUAAAUUGUUUUAAUAAAAUAUUUU